UCUGUCCUGUUCUAUUACUGUUUGCUGUUGCUUUGGAGCCUCAUAAAUAGGGCAUUGAAAGCACUUCCUGCAGCUGAAAGAAGCCCUGAGUAGCUCGUCUCAUUCCCAGCGUGCAGCUCAGCAAGGGGUCCGUCCUUCUCUGUCACUGUCUCUUUUGCCUGUUGUAAUUCUGUCUGCCUCUCUGGGACUCUGCCUGUCUCACUCCUUCUGUCUGUGCCUCUCCUCACUCUUGUUCUUUCUGCCUGAAUCACAGGCCUCAGUCUUUCUGUCCUCAUGCAUUUGUCUUUGUGGCUCUUUCCGUUUUUCUGCCCUUGACACCAUCCCCUCUCCCAGUGCUUUCCCUUUACUUCCAGACCGCUUCAUGACUUAGGCAGGGAAACAGAGGCCAGGGCCUCUUUCCUGGCUUCCCUCUGCAUCUUACUGAGUAUGCAGGUCGGAAGAGCCUCGGGUCCUGCCGCCGCGGGUGGCCUAGAGCCAAAGGAAGGCGGAGCCCAUCGGGGCGGGAUUGGCCCUUAGGGCCACCUCAUAAAGCCUGGGGCGAGGGGCACGACGGCCUUGGGAAGGAGCCCUGUUGGGGCUGUUCGGUCUGACAGACCUCACAGGCUCAGUCGGGCUCUGCAGUGUCAUGCCUGGGAGCCCCCGGCCCGCGCCGAGCUGGGCGCUGUUGCUGCGGCUGCUGGCCUUGCUGCGGCCCCCGGGGCUGGGCGAGGCAUGCAGCUGCGCCCCGGCGCACCCUCAACAGCACAUCUGCCACUCGGCACUUGUGAUUCGGGCCAAAAUCUCCAGUGAGAAGGUAGUUCCUGCCAGUGCAGACCCUGCUGACACUGAAAAAAUGCUCCGGUAUGAAAUCAAACAGAUAAAGAUGUUCAAAGGGUUUGAGAAAGUCAAGGAUGUUCAGUAUAUCUAUACACCUUUUGACUCUUCCCUCUGUGGUGUGAAACUAGAAGCCAACAGCCAGAAGCAGUACCUCUUGACUGGUCAGGUCCUCAGUGAUGGAAAAGUCUUCAUCCAUCUGUGCAACUACAUCGAGCCCUGGGAGGACCUGUCCUUGGUGCAGAGGGAAAGUCUGAAUCAUCACUACCAUCUGAACUGUGGCUGCCAAAUCACCACCUGCUAUACAGUACCCUGUAUCAUCUCGGCCCCUAAUGAGUGCCUCUGGACAGACUGGCUGUUGGAACGAAAGCUCUAUGGUUACCAGGCUCAGCAUUAUGUCUGUAUGAAGCAUGUUGAUGGCACCUGCAGCUGGUACCGGGGCCACCUGCCUCUCAGGAAGGAGUUUGUUGACAUCAUCCAGCCCUAGUAGGGACCAGUGACCAUCACAUCCCUUCAAGAGUCCUGAAGAUCAAGCCGGUUCUCCUCCCCUGCAGAGCUUUGGCCAUUACCACUUGACUUCUUGCUGCCAGCUAAUAAGAAGUGCCAAGUGGAUGGUCUGGCCACUGUCAGGGAAGGGGCCAUGACUUUUCUGCCCUGCCCUCAGCCUGUCGCCCCUGCCUCACAAACCCCAUUAGUCUAGCCUUGUAGCUGUUACUGCAAGUGUUUCUUUGGGCUUAGUUUGUUUUCUAAAGCCAGGAUUGUUCUCUUUCCUCCCCAGGAAAACGUGUUUUCCUUUGUCUUAAUCGAUCUGGUAGGGGAGAAAUGGCGAAUGUCAUACAUAUGAGAUGGUAUAUCCUUGUGAUGUACAAUACCAGAAGGUGGGUUGACAGCAUCAUAAACAGACUGACUGGCGGGAAUGAAAACAACAACAUACUGUGACUGUGUAUCCUCUACUUCCCCUGUCUCAACUCAUCCUAAUCCUCUGAUACACUUUCAUCUGUUUGGGGGAGUCAUUUGGGGGACACGGAAUCACUCAACGUGAGAGUUAGAAUGGCCUAACCUGCCUCCCAACGCUGUUAUCCCCUCUACACCAUUUCUGGCAGAGGGUCCCGCCUGGUUAGCACCUCUUUGAAUAAGAAUGCACUUAUUGUCUCAGAAUAGGUACUUCCUCUCCAGGUUAACUCUCCUUAACGCCCUCAACUGAUGUUCAGAAGGCUUCUCUUCUGUCUCUUUUUGAAUUACUAACAUCUUCAUUCCUAUUUCAGAACCUUUUAAAAGCCACAAAGCCUUUUACUUAUAGAGUUGAAAUCCCCCUUUGUUGGCUUCUUACACCACAGAGAGGUGGUCCUCUCUUGAGGGCAAAUUUCAGGAUAGAGCACCAGAGAGAAAUAGCACAAAGGCCCUUGAGGGGAAAGGACGGUAGGUAGGGAAUAUACCUGGCAAUUGAGGCAAUUUUUUUCCAGCGGCCAGCCCUGCUAGAUUUUACAGCAGGAAAAAGCCAGUUUUCAUCCCCAGAGAGCCCCCGUACCCUUCAGCUGAGUACUCUCACCAUUGUGUCUUGGGCUCCCUGAGAUUUCCCAACCAAAGGACCCUUAGGGCUCCUCAGCCUCUGCAAGGCUUCCUGGCUUGCCCUGAAAGGAAAAGUCCUGAUAUUGGCCUCUAGGAUUUAUUAAGGACAAGAGCUUAAAGUUUCAGAGCUUCUCCCUGGGGAAGCUCUGGCAAAGAUGACAGAGAUGGUUCUUUUCAAGACCCAAGGUUGUUUUUUGAUAUGUGGUCUGCUGCCAAGCAGGGUCAUAGACAAUGUGUCAGAAGAAGGCUCUUGAUUUGCAGAAAUCGUGUAAACGGAGACCCCUUUUGGCCAAGGAAGUGGGGAGGCGGGGACAAACAUAAUCUCUGUUCCACUUGGAAUGCUUUGCAGGGAGUCUCCAUUGGUGGGUUAAGCAAGAUCACCAACUGAUCACACCAGCCUGGAGCAGAGGGUGUGGGGACAGGGAAGAAGGGAUUUUGAGCUCCAGGUCCCUGCACAGGAGAAACAUUGGCAAUAGCCUCCUUACCAACCAACCGUCCCAUCUCUCUGCUCCUUCUGACUUACUAGGAUGGCAGAAGGCACAACAUUAACCCAGCCUUAUCACAGUUUGGAAGCGCCAGGGGAAUGGGAGAGUCAGGGGAUUAAUAAUAGUAGGAGCAAUGCCCUAUAUCUAGUAGAGUGCUUCACACUCUCCCAGAGGCUAUUACUUAAUGACUCUCUUAAAUUGUGUAUGUACCCUAUUAGAGUAUCCUGUGCAAGGAUAAUUAUGCCCACUUGACCGUCUUUUUGGAAACUGCACACAGUGAGGAAAUGUAGCUUGUUCAACAACAAGUGGCACAGUCAGGGCUGGGACUCAAAAGCAGUGAGAUCUGAUUGUUGAUCCAGAAGUCUGUUAUUCUCUCAGUUUGAUUAAACUGCCCUUACUCCUGUUCUUCCCUAUUCUAUCUCCAGAAUUUGACAAGAGGCUAUCAGCUAAAAUCUAGCUAUUCCAGCCACACAAGUUCUGUAGUUCAACCCAGUGGAGUCUUUGGGGUUGAGACGCUGAGGCCCUUGUCAGAGCCCCACAGUCACCAGGUGGCUAAGUGCAAAAUGAAAACAGCAGAAAGACUAAUAUCCCCACUGAGCCACUUACCAUCUCUUUGUGGUUGGGGUAGUAUGUCUGCUCAAUGAGAGGGAACUUUUCUCCUCCCAGUGUCUUGUAGAUGGCGACCAGCUGGGCAAACUGCAAAGGAAAGCAAAUGUUACGCUUAUCUUAGAUAACUUCUGAAACAGGCAAAACAUCAACUCAUCAAAUAUUUAUUGAACCUUUGCUCUGUGGAGGACUUUAUGCUAAGCAUUGUGAGGAUAUAAAAGAAGUGUACAAUUCCUAUUCCCAAGGAUAUGAUAUGCAUUAGUUGGGGAAGGGAAAAUGAGUGAGCUAAAAUUCAAUUACCUUUCUCAAUUGUAAUGGUGUUUCAAAUCAAAUUGAUGAACUAUUUUAUCAUCUUCAUUUUACAUAUGGGACCCAGAGAGGUUACAAAACUUUCCUAAAGUCACAGAACUGCAAGGUGAAGUUGGAAGUAAAACUUGGGUCUCUAACUUUCCACAUCUGCAUCCCUGAGUGAUGGCAAGGCAUGAAGCUGGAUAGGUAACAUGGGCCAACUCUUGGAAGUUCAAAUGUCAGGCAAAAGAAUGAUGGAUUUUUCCGGUAAGCAGUAUGGAGCUACCAAGAGUUUCAGCAGGAGGCGUCAUAAAAUGAAGUUCUUCAGGAAGAUUAGAAUGGUCAUGGUAUGUGGGAUACACAGGCCCAGUCUUUCUGGGACUUACUACCCAACCAGGGACUGAACUUACUGGACCCUCUGCCUACGUAUGAGAAACUGGAAUAGCUCCAUGGGGAAGGGGCAAAGUACACAUAUUUACAGUGUCAGGGUUGAAAGGUUUUCUUAGUGCACAGCUGGGCUCCCCCACCCUGCUCCAUUUUAUAAAUGAAGAAGCUGAGGCCCAGAGAGGUCACUUGCCCAAGGUCGCACAGUAGUUAAGCCAGGUUCAUAGCAAGGCCCCUUCAUUUCCAAUCCAUAACUCUCCUUAUUCCUGCAAGUAGCUGCCUUUCAGGCUCUGCAGAAACUAUGCCCUUUCCACAGGAAACACAGGACUUUCCUGCUCAAUCCCGUCACAUACACACCUAUACUCCCAUCCCCAGUGCAUCAGCAGCAGAGGAAACACAUCUCUCUAGGGCUACUGGAUUAGUUCACACUCAGUCACUGGUGUCUGGAGUGGCUAGAAGGGAAAGCUGUUAGAUGAAAUCUACUUAUCAGAGAAAGGAAGACUAGAACAUUUUUCAAAAGCUCAGGUCCUGUUCUCUGCAAGCGAUGCUGGCACAUAAGCCAGGAAGGGAAGAGGAGGUUGGGGCAGUAAAAGCUUGGAACUGGGUUGUUAGAAAACUGAAAUCUUCUGAUUCUUGUUCUGUUAACUUCCUAGGUGUCCUUGGCCAAACGAGUUUUCCUCUCUGGAUUUCAUUUUCUUCAUAUAUAAAAUGAGAGGGUUAAAUUUUAUCAGUUCCUCAAACUUUAUACCAUAAAUAAUAUCUUUUUAUUAUAUUUCCCCCAAACUCUGCUAUCAAACUGCAGUUUAAGUGAUCAUCUGUUGUGGUCCUUUUGUGGGUAUAGAUAUAAUUUUGUUAUUUUUGAAAUGCUGGAAAACACUGGAAUUCCUGAGUCCCUCCCUUUAGUGACAAACAAUUGGUGACUCUAGAGCUCUAGAGCCUCCUCCAGGACUGAAAGGAUGAUUCAUGGACCCUCAAGCCCCUAAGAUAUCACUGUCAAAAGGGACUUUAUAGAGUCUCUAGACCAGCCCUCUCAUUUGACAAAUUGAGAUUGAGGCUGGAGAGCAAAGGAAAGUGCAGGCUCCUGGAUUACAUCCUGGAGUCAGGGCUGCACCGCAAGAGCACUCAGGUCUCUUUUCCUUGCUGGGUGCAUUCACCAUUGUACCCUGCUGUCCUCGCUGUCUUUGGUCCUUCAAUUUGCUUUAACUGUCAAGAAUGAACCCUCAGACUUUUCCUGCCUUCUCUGAUUCUCCCCACCUGCUCAUCUGACCUUUAUGUCCUACCUGCCCAUCUGGGCCUGGACUCCUGCUCUGCCUCUGGUCACCUGCCUGGGCUCCCACGGCUCUCCAACAUCCCUGGGGAGCUAAUGCCAGCUCUGCCAAAUGACCUCUGUCCUGCUGCAGCCCACGCUCUGGCAUGGCACCAAGGCAUGUGGGGCCCUACCUUUCCAGCAUGUGGGAGAGUUACACAGACACCACACGGAUGCCAGGACAGCCUGUGGCAGACUCCCAGAGCCCUGCAACAGCCAACACAAUAAUGACAGCCAGUUCCCAGGCUCUCGUUGGGUCUCAGGGAGCUCACCCCACUCUCCUCUCCAGCAGUCCCUGUCUGCUCAAGGUAGUGAGCUUGGCAUCUAACCCAUACCUCCCUGGAAACUUAGAUUAAAUCACAGCCAUAUAGUCACCAAUUAAACAAAUGUAACAUCUGAUAAGGGCUGUUUACACAUAGAGAAAAGAAUGAAUUUGGGAGCUGGGGGUGCUGUUGGCAAUUAAUAGGAAGAUAUGUCCAUUAUAACCACUCAUCGAAUGAAUCAAGAAAGAUUUCUUGGAAAAAAUGGGAUUCCAGAUCCAUUUGAGUAAUAUGUCCCCAUGCCUAUCACUCCUGGAAAUUAAAUGAUUUAAUUUAACUCUGGUACACUUGUCUCCAAAAACCCAGAAAAACUGACAGAAUUUCAGAUAGAUUGGCAGCAAUAAAGGGUGGUGCCAUUCUU